CCGGUCCCCAACUCAUUCUUCAAUUGGAAGAAAACAAAGGACCUUUCCCAUGUUUGUUUAGGUGUGUUAUUAUUGAUAGCCCAAUUUUAACUUUACUUGCUGCUAAAAAAAGCCUUAUUCUCCUCAUCCACAAACCAACCUAAGCAGCUGUUGUACGUAUUACUAUUGUACAAUAUGCCCGGAACUCUCAAACUCAACGCUGUUGCCUCUAUUUAUUAUAAUUCUCACAAGCCCUACAACUGGUUCCGCUCUUUUACCUCCGUCACAGGCACCGGCACCUCUAACUCCCCCGUCGCCGCUCACACACGCUGCUCUUGGUGUGGGACAUCUAUUCCGGCGUACGGUGAUUCCCGUUCCCGUCGGAAAUUCCUGCGGCGGUUAGGUGACGGAUAUGCUGACUUUGCUGUGAGAAGUAUUUCUACUACUCAGAUGGGACCCACACCUGAUCACAAGGAGGAGGAUCUCCGCCGUGAAAAACCAUCUCUGCCGCCCAAGUCUGAAAAGUUGCUCACAUUGCCCACGAUUUUAACAAUUGGCCGUGUGGCUGCUGUUCCGCUUCUGGUAACCACAUUCUAUGUUGAUAGCUGGUGGGGGCCAACUGCUACAACGGCUAUAUUUAUUGCAGCAGCAGUAACUGACUGGCUUGAUGGAUACCUUGCUCGCAAGAUGAACUUAGGAACUGCCUUUGGUGCGUUUUUAGAUCCAGUGGCUGACAAGUUAAUGGUUGCUGCUACCUUGGUAUUGUUGUGCACCAAACCUUUGGAGUCAGGUGUGUUUGGACAGUUCCCAUGGCUAUUAACUGUCCCUUCGAUUGCGAUAAUAGGCAGGGAGAUAACUAUGUCUGCAGUUCGAGAAUGGGCGGCUUCUCAGGGUGGUAAACUUUCAGAGGCUGUAGCUGUGAAUAACCUGGGGAAGUGGAAAACAACCACUCAGAUGAUUGCAUUGACCAUCCUCCUGCUAACCAGAGAUAGCAGUUUAUCUGUCUCUGGCUCUCUUGUGGGUUCCGGUGUGACUUUGCUAUAUAUAUCAGCGUGGCUUGCUGUAUGGUCUCUGGUAGUUUAUAUGAGAAAGAUAUGGAAAGUGUUAUUGAUGUAGUAGUCCUUUUCAUCAAAUACAUAUUGGCUCAUGCUUCUUGCUGUUGAGUGGUGGAUCACCCACAAGCUAUACAUACUGAUGACUAGAGCAAGGGAAAGCCUUCUUCCUGAUGCAGGCUGUGUUCAAUGUUUGGCUUUCCUCUACAAUCUUUAAUUUGAUUCUUUAGCCGAGAGAUAAUGAACUCUCUCAACAUGUAUCUGGAUUCUACCUGGAAAAUUCAUAGUAUUAUGCAGUAAAGCACUUAUUAUUGUGUUUGGCUGGGUUGCACAAAGCCUGGCUGUUAUUCAGCUCAACUACACGAAGUAUAAUUAUCCGCCGCAAAGUAUUCGUCAACCAAAUAAAUAGUUUGGGUGUUGUCAUAUUUUUGUAAAGGCCUCAAAAAGCUAUCGAUACUCUCUUACCUGUUUAUUUGUGCCA